AUGAACUUCACGUUACAGUAUCGACACAAAGAUACAGUGUGUACACUAGAUUGUUCAUAUUCCACAAUGUCCUUUGUGUACAUAUACAGAAUCUAAUAAAAUUGUGUACGUUCGACUACUUCGUAGUACACAUCGUCUGGUGUCGCGUCAUUAUUUUCGAAAAAAAAUGGAGAAUGUAGGGAAGAUCAUCAUAGUAUGGGGCAGGAAAAAAAUCGAAAUCCCGGACGUGAACCUGGACGAUACUGUUCGUGGUCUGAAAGAACGAAUAUACAAGGAAACUAGCAUCCUCCCGGAACGUCAAAAACUUUUGAACCUACGAACCAAAGACAAGGCAUGUCAAGAAGAGGAGAUUUUAAGGGACUUGGGCAUGAAGCCUGGAUUCAAGCUAAUGCUGAUGGGAUCUCGUGAAGAAGACAUAGCUAAAGUGUGUCACGCGCCAAAAGAUUUACCUGAUGUAAUUAAUGACUUUAAGACUGAGGAAGAGGAGAUAGAAAUAGAGAAUGUUAAGCUGUGCUUAUUUCAAAUUCAGUGUAGAAUUGGUUUGUAUAGGUUUGUAGAAUUAAAUCCCUUCAGAGAAGGAAAAAAACUAUUGGUGCUAGAUAUAGACUACACCAUUUUCGACCCUAAAUCAACAGCAGAAAGUGGUGUAGAAUUGAUGCGCCCAUUUCUUCAUCAGUUUUUAACCCUGGCUUACCUAAAUUAUGAUAUAGUAAUUUGGUCAGCAACUAGUAUGAAAUGGAUCAAUGAGAAAAUGAAAGUGCUUGGUGUUUCUAGCAAUCCCUAUUAUAAAAUAGCAUCUCAUCUUGACUCAAAUGCUAUGAUCAAUGUCCACACAUCAAAAUAUGGUACUAUCACAGCAAAACCACUGGCUAUUAUUUGGGGCAAAUAUAAACAGUUCUCUGCAAAAAACACAAUCAUGUUUGAUGAUAUUAGAAGGAACUUUAUUAUGAAUCCACAGUCAGGAUUAAAAAUAAAACCAUUUAGACACGCACAUAUUACCAGAAGAAAAGAUAGGGAGUUGCUAAAAUUGUCUCAGUAUCUAAAAUUAAUAGCCAAAGUGGAUGAUUUUCAAACACUUAAUCACAGAAAAUGGCAAGAAUAUAUAAUUGACAAAACCAAAGAAGAAAAGAAAAGUAAGGAAGGAAAUGAGGGAAGGAGCGAGUAACCGUCACUUUUUUUUAAGGAUGUUAAAUGCUUGUUAAAUUUUAUGGAUCUUUUCAUUACUCAAGAGGGAUAUUUCAAACAAAAUCCAUCGAGUAUCGCGAGUUCGCCAGCAACGAUUUAAAUUUGUUUGGAAGAAGGACACAGUGUGUAUAGAAAAGACAUCUUUCAAAUAUUCUUCCAUGAACAGUAUAAGUUGAUAUCAAUGAUAACGUUAACUAAUCGUUAUUCGCAUAUUUUCACACGCUUCUUUGUAUUUAUGAUGUACUUAUCAGUUAUUGUGAAACAUAUAAAAUAUGUAAUCACAGAUCUAAAUAAAUCUUAUGUAUUUC